CAAACAUCAACCACCACCCACACUCUUUCAUUGAACGCUAUCCGCUCUCUACUCCCAAGCCAACCAACCAACCAACCGCAAAAAUGCUCUUCAAGACCAUCCUCCUUGCUCUGGCGUCCUCGAGCCUCAUUGCCGCCGUCCCCGUCAACAACCGCAUCCUGCGCGGCGACGGCACCAAGCGCGCCGCCGAGCCCCAGCCCGCCAUGGCGCAGCUCGCGCACAGCAACUUCGACGGCAAGAACGCCUCCUAAGCCGCCCUCGCCUCGCCGCGCGCCGAACGUCGUCGUCGUCGUCGAUCCCCCUCCUGAUACCUUUGUUGCUCGGCCCCUCUCCCUCCUCCUCUCAAGAGCCUCGAUCCCGGUCCCGUCCCUGAAAAUAAAAUGACCUCCGGCUCCCCGGCACACACGCACGCUCGCAAAAACGCCUCCCAACUUUCUCGGCCGGGCGGCUGGGCCUCCUUCCUCCUCGCUGGCUCUUUUCCUUGGUUUUUCCUUCUCCCUCUACUACGACGACGACCACCGACAAUGCGGUCGGUUUCUUUGCGGCGCCACGCUGCGUGCGGAUCACGCGUUACGGUGCGGAGCGGUGCGGAGCGAAGAAGAUGUGGCGGUCUGCGCCCCUGCGUGCGCUGUUGAUUGAUUGCUUGAUCAUUUCGCUGGAGAUAUUCUCGUUACGUUCCGAGGGCCGAGGGCGCGCCGUUUUUUCUCCCUCGCCUGCCUUCUGUUUAUACCAUUUGGAUUGUUCGUGUACAAACUACCUACUCAAUCAACACCGUUCCCACAUGCAUGCAUGCGGCGGCGAGGCUAUGCGGCGU